CUCUCACCCGCGACCCUGUCGUGCUGCGGGUGACUUCCCCAAUCUCCAUUCUCCAAUUCACCGCAGCUGCCUGCCCGCUCCCGAAACCCGGAGACCGUCGGUCGUCCCCUCGGCCUCCUGCCCCGCCGCCGCAACCUGACGAGCCGCGCGCCGCCGGAGAUUCGCGCCUUCCUCUUCGGGGCGUGCAAGUUGCAGAUGAAUCGGGAUGAGGCGUCUAGUUUGUUCUGUGUCGGUAUGCAUGAAAUGGAUGUGGGUGAAGAAUACGCAGCUGAAUGUUCUAAAAUGAAUCAGGAUACUUCCCAUGAAACAACCAAAUUUGAUGUAGUAAUGGCAACUUCGGCAAUGUAUACUGAUCAUGGCAAUACCAAUGCUUGCUUAGAUGAAUAUCACAUGUCAGGAGUUCAGCAUUUGGAGGAAAUCAGAUUUGGCAGUACACAACACUAUGAGCUUCAGUCAGAAGGAGUGGUAGCUGAUUCCGAGGAAGAAAGCUUGGCAUCUAGCCCUGAUACUUCAUCUACCACUAAUUAUGAUAUACCUGGUUACAUGGAGCAAAAUGUGCAGUAUAUCUGUAAUACUUUGGACACAAUGGUUGACAAAGAAGGACCAGUUAUUCUUAGUCCUGACAUUAUAAUGUGCGACACAACUGUGCAUCUUGAGCGUCACCUUACUUUCUCAUCAGAUGGUAUCAAGAUUGAAUACUUUGAUUUGGAUUCCUGUGAAGAUGAUGAGAUGAUAACUCUACAUUGGGAAAUAUCUAAUAUCAUUUCCAUCAAUUGUAAAUGGGCUCAGAGUGUUGGAUCUGCCCUCAUAACUUUCCUUGCUGGAUUUGAAUCAGAAAUUGGAAAUUCAGGUCCUGUUAGAGUACAGUUUUGUCUUAAUGAUCCGCAAUGGCCAAGGAUUCAACAAAAGAUUUGGCAUCUUGCAGCAAGAUAUCAAGAAAUAUGGAAGGAUGUUCCAUCUGAUGAUUUUGCAUCAGAGAAUUGGAGCAUUGAACCUAGUUGCUUUUUCCCUAGGCAAUAUUUUUUGAGUGCUGAGGACUUUGAAGAUGUUAUUUAUCCCAAUGGAGAUCCUGAUGCUGUUUCCAUUAGCAAACGAGACGUUGAGCUGCUGCUGCCUGAAACCUUUGUCAACGAUACCAUAAUUGACUUUUAUGUCAAAUACUUGAGCAUGAGAAUUGAACCCACAGAGAAGCGCAGGUACCACUUCUUUAACAGCUUCUUUUUUCGCAAGCUGGCAGAUCUUGACAAAGAUCAAGGGAGAGCUCCAGAAGGUAGAGCAGCUUUCUUACGUGUCCGCAAGUGGACCCGCAAAAUAAAUGUAUUUGAGAAGGAUUUUCUGUUUAUUCCAGUGAACUUCAACUUGCAUUGGAGCUUAAUUGUUUUAUGUUAUCCUGGAGAAGUGGCAACAUUCAAAGAUGGUGAUAUGGAGCUCUCUGAUAAAGCCCCAUGUAUAUUACACAUGGAUUCACUUAAGGGAAGUCAUAAUGGACUGAAGGACAUCAUUCAAAGUUAUUUAUGGGAAGAGUGGAAGGAAAGGCACCCUGAAUCAGCAUCAGAUAAUCCAGACAAGUUCUUGAACUUGAGAUUUGUCUCCCUUGAGCUCCCUCAGCAGGAUAAUUCAUUUGAUUGUGGCUUGUUCUUGCUCCAUUAUGUGGAACACUUUUUGAUGGAUGCUCCCAGUACCUUCAACCCAUUCAAGAUCGAUGUAUUGAGUGACUUUCUUAGUGAUAAUUGGUUUCCACCUGCCGAAGCUUCUCUCAAGCGUUCAGUGAUCCGAAAGUUAAUCCAUGAACUAGUGACAGGAUCUUUUCAGAAUCAUCCAAUGCUACUUUGCAGUAAUGAGCAUCUUGACAAAGGGCAUCAAAGAAGCGAAGAUGUUGACCAAGAACGAGCUGAAGAGUUUCUUGCUCAGAGGUGCUCUGCUGGUGAACCUGAUUCUGUUUGCACAAUUCAUGAUGGCACUCAUUCAACACAACAACCGACCCCAUCCAUCUGCUUAAAUGAUUCUGAAAAAACUGGGCUACCUGCUUCUGGGUGCAUUUUGGACACCAGAAGGGUUUCAAUGGUUGCUGUAAGGAAUCUACAAGAGUUUGCGGUGUGUCCACGAGACCAGGAUACUGUCGUUUGCUUGUCAAGCCAGGAUGAGAGGAACAAUGCGCUUCUUGCAGAAUCUAAUGAUCAGCUUGAUAUGAGAUCAUGUGGUGCAGAGGAUUAUGAAGUUUUCAAGGAAUCAUUGCUGGCUUCUUUGGACAAUAACCAAAAAAAUUCCAGUCAAGCAGAAGCUAAGGGUCAUGAUAUUAUGGUUUCUAAGUGUUUCUCAAUCUCUGAUGAUGCUGAGGAGGUAAUGGCCAGUCACGAACAAUCCUUAGAAAGAAACACUGGUGCAGUUGGAAAUGAGUGCCAUAGAGCCUCUCAAGAUAUGGAUCCUGUCAUGAUGCCUGAUGCCAGCAAAGAUGACACAGGACCUCAUCCAGAAAGGACUACAUGCGAAGUUGAGGAUGGCCAUGAUCUUUGUGAAGGCAUGGAUUCGGUCAUGCUAGGUGAUAUCAACAAAGAUUUUGCUGAGCAUUCUCUAGAAAGGAGCACUGUCGAAGUUGAGGACACAAAACAUGAGCAUGGUCUUGUGGACCCUAUCGCAGUAAAAGAUGGCAUCAAAGACAAUGCGAAGGAAAUUAGCACAACUGCAGAUAUCAAUCAUAGUGAGCAGUAUGUUUCAUCUGAGUUGGACGAGGGAAAUACUGACAAUUGUAUGGCCAGUGAUACCUCUGAGUUGAAAGUCGGAAAUACUGACAAUGGUAGUAUAGUAUCCUCUCUAUUGAAAGAGGACAAAACUGACAAUGGUAUGAUCGGUGAUAGCUCUGAGUUGAAAGUGGGAAACACAGACAAAGGUACCACUGGUGGUAGAACAGUUUCCUCUGAGUUGAAAGAGGGAAACACUGACAAUGUGACUGCUGGUGACUGUACAGAUGAAACCAACGUAAAUGCAGGUGGUGAGGAUACUUGUGACUAUGGGGCAGUUCCUUGUGAAGAUGACACAACUUGCACUGAUGCUGCGAUGCCACUCGUAGAUAGACCCUGCAGCGCAGAGAAUGAAACAAUUUCUGAGAACACAACUACUGAUGCUAAAAGGCCUCUGCCUGAUGGCACCUGUACAGUUGUCUGUGAUGACAAGUGGGUUCAGAAAGUUGAUGCUCAGGGUACUGAACCAAAAAUAGAGCGUCACUACAAGCGACGAAAGGUUUUGGCCGCAGAGUCGGAGAAACAACAGAGCUUUUCGCGGGUGUCAUCUUUAGAUUAGAUUUUGGUUUGUGAGGCAUAGGUUUAGCUUGUGUCAUGUGUAGUCCUUUCCAUUGCCUUUAUGCAAUGCUGCUAUUGUUCUGUAAUAGUGUACUUCCGCUAGUGACUUUGGGUUUUACAAACCCCAUAGGAAAUCCUGAUGGUUGGUUGACGGUGUCAUUCUGUUGAUGUAAAGUGUUUUAUGUGAUCUGCCUGACUGUUCUGAAGUCA